AUGGGGGCCGCUCUGUCUUCACACCGCGACGACAAGCAAGACCAGAUCAGGAAAGCCCAGAAACACCUGAAGGACCAAUAUGAUGGCGAAUGGCACUGGUCGGUCGAGGGAAGGACCCGUCGGCCUGCUAUCACUCCACACCACUUGAAAGAUCGCAUGCUGGAAUUGCAGGAUGCCAAGCAAGUCUACCGCAAGCGACGCUAUCUGAACCCUUGGAGAGCCAACGAGCAUGAAAAGUUUCCCGACGUGGACGCCUAUUACAGUACAAAUAAGGAGUAUCCCCGUCGACUGGUUGUACAAGCGUCCUCAGGUGCCCUGGACGACGCCGGUCCUCGUCACUGGAGUCGCCGCAAGAUCAGGGGCAAUGUGCCCCUCAUCAUCUCACUGGCAGAGCUCUGCUUGAACCCAUUGGGACUCGAGCAAUUCGAAAGUGGCUAUGAUGACGAAGAUGAAAGCGAAAGACACGGGAAGCAGCGCAAGGAGAAUCCAUUGACGGUCUUAAAACGCAUCCUGCAUGUGAUAGCGGCAGCAUUGAGCACCUUGGGGCUGGCGUGGAUCAUUCAGCUAUUGCUUUCCAUUCAGGUUGUUACCGCUCCAUGGAGUGAUGAUGGCACCGCUGAGCCUUACGAUGAGUAUGAGAAUGUGCAGUGGUAUUGGCCCAAACACGCCGUCAAUGUGCUCGAUCAGUCGCCUGAAAACAAGAAGCCCCAAUCGCAGCUCACCAAUCUCACCAUUCCUCGUCGCUUGGUAGUAAGAGACCCUCAGACGAAGCAGUGGGUGGCUAAAGAGACGACAGAGCUGCGCGACGAGAAGACAGGCAUGCUGCGUCCCUAUAUUUUCCUCAGUUUCUCUCGAGCAAACUAUCCCGGCAAGGAGGACCACGAGUUGCGACCAUUCCUCUAUCAUAUUGCAGAGGCCAUGCUGAAGCAUGAGAAUCGCAAACGAGACAUAGAUGAACCCCCGAUCGAGGCGUUUUGGAUCGACGUGGAUUGUGUAUCCCCCGCCGAUGCGAACGAUAAGACGGAAGAGGCGAAGGCCGAAUCCAAACGCACUAAAGAUGUCAACUCAAUCUGUGACGCAGUUCGUUGUGCCAAGCGAGUCUAUGUCGUCCUACCUAGUAACGAUCCAAACGAGAAGGCAAUCUGGGGACAGCGCAUCUGGACACUACCAGAGGUCCUUCUCGCCGCUGGCAAAACGCGAUACUGUUUCUCGCACCCAGAUGCAAUCGAUAAAAGCAACCUUGAACUGCCACACUUCGAUCUUACUUUGACCGAUAUGUAUGGCAGCUUCUGGCCGGGACCCACGUCUCGAUUCCGAUCAAGCCAUGAGGAACGAACCGAUGAGCAACCACAUGAGGACGUGAUUGGCCACCUGGUCAACCACUAUACCAGCACCACCACGCUGAGCGAAUUGCAAUUGUUCACCUGUGCCAUCCAAGCCAUGGCGAAACUAUCCACUGGCAAGAACAGACAAGGCUACACAACAACCGACAUGGCCUAUGCUGCCAUGGGACUGCUAUCCUACAGAAUCAGCCCCAAUCCAUCGGACAGCGCUUUCCAGGCGAUUGCACGACUAUCCCUUGUGAACGAUAGCAACCUGCUCCUCGAGCGUCUGGUUUGCCUGUGGCCCUUUGAAAACACACAGAAGCAGCUCCAGGCCCAAUUGGACGUCAAGGACAAUGUGGCAGGCAGCGCGACCAUUUUGGGCAAUAUUGCUGACCGGGAUCAAUUCUCGAUUCACCUCUGGGAUAUCAAGCCUCUUUGCAGUGUGGUCGGCAUUGGCGACGACGAAUACACGCCCACAGUUAUCUUGGACCGGUGCCGCGGUAUUCCCAUUCGUUGGAAGGAUUUCCCAAGGGUCAGAUACAUCAAAGACCUGAAUGGAUUCCGCGCAACAAUGGCGCAAAAGGCCGUGUAUGCUGGGGCCUGGUUCUUGCUGACUGGCUUUGGCCUUUUUUCGUCCGCCAUAUCUCUCCAAUUCUCGCUCGCCUCAGGCCAGAGUGACAUUGAUGUGUCCAUGUACCUAGUUGGUGUUGCGUUGUUCGUUGGCUGCGCCUGGAUCAUCUCUUGGUUCAGUCCAUGGGCGGUCCGACAACUUUGCAACAGCGGGGCCACUGGUGUCUCCUGCCAUCUUGUUGGAUUCGAAGGUACGAUGCCGCUCAAGGACAUCGAGAAAAUCAUCUAUGGGAACUUCAAUCACCGCCUGACCUAUGCGCCUUCGUCAACUGUCUUCUCCAGAAACCUGCGCAACAAAAAGACCCGAGAGGGCAUUGAGCCUGAGGAUUCGACGUGGUGGCAACAGGAAGCCAAGAGGUUGAAUGUUCCUCAGGGACAUCGCCUGUUUACCAUCGUGGACACGGGAAGUAUGACCGUGUCCGUGAUCGCUGCCGAGCGACCGCCAGUGGUGGCAUUGGUCUGCGGCCGUGAAGGCGGCAUGGUGCGUGCUCUCUUAUGCAGCUGGCGAUUUGAACAGAACUGCCUCUACCGGGAGUGUGUUAUGCGGAUGCGCAGCUCUGUGGAGUAUCUGGCAACACCCAACGACUGGCUGAAAGUUAGUCUGGCCAGCCAAGGCGAUGUUAGCCGUACCCGGCUGGAGCAUCUUCGAAGAAUGAGGAAACAGGCGAAAGCACCUCCCACUCCGCCUCCAAAGGAUGAACCAUCAACGGUGUCCGCAGUAAAAGUUGGGCCUCACAUUGCCUCCCAGGCUGUGGGAUCAACGCAAACAUCAUCUUUGGCCAGCGAGAGAGUUGCCACUUCUUGA